AAAAGAGUGUAUCCGGUGCCAAUUUCCAGCUGGAAAACUCUAGUCUUCAAAUCUCCUUUCUAUCUCAGAAGCUCUCUCAUCGUCAUCGUCUUUGCAAUUUCCAUAUGGCUGUGGAAGUGGACUAUGUAGUUGAUUUUUUGCUAAUGAAACUUGACAGACUGGAGUCCAGGGUUUUGCUGUAUCUUUCACGUUGGCAAGGGGUAGUUUCACAUCUGGACAAGUUGCGAAUAAAGUUGAGGAAGAUUCAAGCAGACCUCGCCGAUAUAUACCAGUGUCAAUCCUUCGAGGAUUCGAAAUUUUGGCUGGACGAUUUACUGGAGUGGGCUUAUAAUGUGGAUGACGUACUGGAUGAGCUUCCCACUUGUAUUUUAGAGAGUGAGCCGAUGGCCAAAGGGUGUUUAAGCAUUAGCAAGGCGCGUAGCUUUAUCCCUGCUUGUUUUACUGAUUCGACUCCAAAUCUCCAUAUGGUGACCAGGUUAAUAGAUAUCACUCGCCAAUUUGAAAAAUUAUGCGGUGCUUCACCACUCAUCUUUCCGCUGUUUAACUCGCCGAAUCAUCGAGGGAUAUCAAUUCCUUUUCGGAAAGUACCACACCCUAAAUCUUUACUUACACAAUCUGGUAUUUACGGUCGAGAUGAGGAUAAAGAAAAGAUACUUGAAAUGGUGUUAAAUGAGGAGUCAAAUGAUUUCAAUUUUAGUGUUAUAAGCAUUGUUGGGAUGAUAGGAAUUGGCAAAACAAGGCUAGUUCAAGAGGUCUACAACGACAAGGCUUUGGAAGGUUUCAAUAUCAGAGCAUGGGUAAAUGUCUCCUCUGGCAUCACUAUUGACGAACUUCACGAGCGGCUUCUCCAGCAGAUCACUUUAUCAUCCUGCAGGUCUUAUGGAUUACAAGAAAUGCGAAUUGCACUGGCAAAAGCUGUAAUUGGAAAAAAAUGCUUGUUUGUCUUGGAUGAUUUCUGGAUUGGGACUUCUGACGAUUGGGAUUUCUUUUUGGGUCCUUUCAAGGAUGGAGCAGCAGGAAGUAAAAUAAUUGUUACUGCAUGUAAUGUUGAUUUUGAAGUAACAAUGCGCCCAAGUAAAUGUUAUAACUUGAAUCUCCUAACAAAAGAUGCCUGCUUGGCUAUAUUUGAGGAGCAUGCAUCUGGAAUUGGGGGCAUUAAUCCACAACGAACUUCACCACUAAUUCGAGAAAAAGUUGUUGAAAAGAUCCGAGGCUUGCCUCUGGCUGCAAGUACUCUUGGUGGCAUGUUAGGCUUUGAGCACAGAAGUGAGUGGGAAAACAGAUUGAAUGACAGAACAUUCAAUGAUUUAUAUGAAUCUAGAAUUGUCGCUGUGUUAGAAAUAACUUACUCUCGUCUUCCUUUGUAUUUAAAAGAGUGUUUUGCUUAUUGUGCAAUUUUACAUGAGGAUUAUGAAUUUGAGGAGAAGGAACUUGUAAUUUUAUGGGUGGCAGAUGGUCUGAUCCAUCCACCAUCUGUAGGCGCAAAAACAUUGAAAGAUGUGGGUGUUGAAUAUUUUCAAGCUUUACUUAAAAGGUCAAUAUUUCAACCAUCAAGCAGCAAUGCUUCUAAAUUUAGAAUGCAUGGCUUUUUCAACCGUCUAGCCAGGAGGAUUUCAGUGAAAAGAAGUUUUAAGUUAGAAGAGGAUUUUAUAAUCCCAGAAAGAUUUGAUAAGAUUCGGUAUUUUUCUUACAUUUGUGGCAAUUAUGAUCGAAAAGAAAAUUUUAAAGUUCUACAUAGAAUGACUCACCUAAGGACUUUUCUGCCAAUUGUUAGAAGUGGUGAUAGUCGAUACUUGAGUAACAUGGUUCUUUUUGAUUUGUUGCCAAAGCUGAAAAAAUUGAGGGCAUUAUCUUUGGAAAGUUAUUACAUUACCAUGUUACCAGAUUCAAUUGGAGAUUUGAAACUUCUAAGGUACCUCAACCUUUCUAAUACUGAGAUCAAAAGUUUACCUGAAUCAACAAGUUUAUUGUUUAACUUGCAAUGUUUGAUAUUAAAACAUUGCUCCCGACUUAUCAAGUUGCCUUCUAAUGUUGGAAGUUUGAUCAAUCUCUAUUACCUUGACAUUACAGGAGUGAAGUUAGCAGAGAUGCCUCUGGGAAUGGAAAAUUUGAAAGGUCUUCAUGUGUUAUCUAAUUUUGUUGUGGGCAAAGACAAGCAAUCUUGUAUACAAAUUCUGAAAAAUUUAAAAUUUCUUUCUGGGGAACUUUGUAUUUCAAGAUUAGAGAAUGUAGUUCUUGACUUUCGAGGAUCUGUUUUAGCGGAUAAGUACCUAGAAGUGUUGGUGUUAGAAUGGGGAUCUCAACAUGAUGAUUCACGAGACAAGACAAAAGAAAAUGAAGUCCUUGACAUGUUGCAGCCCCAUAAAAAUCUAAGCAAACUUACAAUCAAAUGUUAUGGUGGUCUGGUAUUUCCACCUUGGGUAGGAGAUCCAUCAUACUCCAACAUGGUGGUCCUAAGAUUGGAAGAUUGUGAACAAUGCACAACCAUGCCAUCACUUGGGGAAUUAAGCUUGCUUAAAGCACUCACCAUCAAAGGCAUGGGAGGACUAAAGAGGAUUGGUUUGGAAAUUUAUGGGGAAAAUUGCUCAAGACCGUUUCCAUCUUUGGAGAGUCUUUGUUUUGAGGAUUUGCAAGAAUGGGAGUAUUGGGACCUUAUCAAAGAAAACGAGCAUGUCAAUGUAUUUACUUGCUUGCAAGAGCUUUCCAUCUUAGAUUGCCCAAAGCUCUAUGGCCAGUUACCUGACCAUCUUUCUUCAUUGGAGAAGCUUGUUAUUCGUGAGUGCAAGCGGCUGGUAGUUUCAUUCAACCAUCUCCCUUCAUUGAAAAAACUUUUGAUUCAUGAAUGUCGACACUUGGUAGUUUCAAUCUCAAGCCUUCAUAUGCUCCACGAACUAGAAGUUGUUGGAUGCAAAAGAAUGGUGUCUUGUAGUCCAUGUGACUUUAAGUCACUAAAGUCUUUGACACUUUCAAAUAUUUCAGAAACUAAGAACUGGUUUGUUCAAGGGUCUCAGAAAGUAGAACAUCUAAAGAUUGUCAAUUGUGAAUGGCUCAUAAAUUCGUGGUUGAAUAGCAUUUGUCUUCAGAAGCUACCUGAAAGGUUUUGUAGCCUUACUUCCCUUAGAGAACUGUCUAUUGAAAAUUGUAGCAGCCUUGUUUCAUUUCCAGAAGCAAGUUUUCUUUCAGCUUUGACUGUACUUAAGAUUAGAACUUGCAGUUCUCUGAAAUUCAUUUUUGAGGGAAUGAAGAAUAAUGAUGUACCCGUGGAAAACUUGCAAAUUGAGGAUUGUCACUCUCUAACAUUCCUUGUGAGAGAUCACCUACCCCCAUUUCUAAAACAACUUUCCUUGAUAAAUUGUAAGAAAUUGCAGGGGUUGUUGGAUGAUAAAAAUUACACUUGCUCCUCUUCUAUGUCAUUGGUGCACGAGGUGGAUGAUAGAAAUGUCAGUACAAAUCUUCUCGAGUGUUUGUAUAUCUCCCAAUGUCCGUCUCUCACUUGCUUAUCAUCAAGGGACCAAUUAUUUGUUGUCCUGAAGCACCUUGAUAUUCGGGAUUGCUUGAAACUCCGAUUAUUGCAAGGCCAGUUACCUGCAACACUUGAACACUUGGAGAUUUCAGGUUGCUCAGAGCUUACCAUCUUGUCAACAAAGGGGUUGUUACCUAAGGCACUUAAACACCUGAACAUUGCUGAUUGUCCGAAGUUAAAGUCCAUAGCAAAGAGCUUCGAUAAAGGCAUGUUUGUCGGGUAUAUCCAGAUCAAGAACUGCAAAAAUCUUGAAUUUAUACCUGAGGGUAUACAUAAUCUGAAUAGUCUCCACACAAUGUAUGUACAAGAUUGUCCGAGUCUUGUCUCCUUUCCUGCAGAAGGGUUUCCCAACACCAACUCAACUGUGUUAUCAAUUGAGAGGUGUAAGAAACUUAAAGCUCUGCCCAUUGGCCUGCACGAUCUCAGCUGCCUUGAAGAAUUAGUUAUAUGGCAAUGUCCGGGUAUUAUGUCCAUUCCCAAGGAAGGCUUUCCUACCAACCUAACCUCACUUUCAAUCGCUGAUGCCAAUCUGUUUAAGUCACUAUUUGAGUGGGGUCUUCAUAAUCUCACCCAUCUAAGAAGCCUCGAGAUUAGGGGAUGCCCAGAUGUAAUUUCUUUCCCAAUACAGGAAAUGAAUAUGGUGCUUCCGGCCUCUCUAACUCAGCUGACUGUUGGAAGAUUCCUGAAAUUAAAAUAUUUAUCAUCUAGGGGUUUUGAGACCCUUAGGUCUCUCCAAGAACUUUCCAUUAGUGAUUGCCCGGAGUUGUCAUCCUUUCCAAAAAGUUUGCCAUCCUCACUUCUGCGAUUGUAUAUUUAUAAUUGUCCUUUGCUGAAAAAGCAGUGCAGAAGGAAUAAAGGACAAGAGUGGCCUAAGAUUGCUGAGAUUCCUCGUGUUAGAAUAGAUUAUGAAUUCAUCUACGAUACAUAGUAAGAAAAUUAUCUUCUUGGUAUGUUAGUUUUUCACACCUAAACCAUAUAGCUACUUUAGCAGCAAUAAUUGAUGCAAUUUUUUAUGGUAACAGAGUUUGACUUAUGUGAUACAUGCAGGAUAAAAGUUCAACUCCCCAACGCAAUCUAUCAGUGCCGAUACCUGGAUGGUAGGCUGUAUUGUGUAUUUAGCAAAUAUACUUGGCAGCAUAAAUUAUUUGAACUGAAUAAAAUAUUGCAGCUUAAAUUUGGAUCUUUUCAGUCAUUUAAUUAGUUUGCUGUACUUCAGUUGAAAGUGUCAAUAAUUUUUUUUUCCAUUUUAUUUUUCAUGUGGUUUAUUAAGGUAAUUUUACAGAGUAAUAUUUGAUAUAUUGAAUUGUCAAGAAGAUGCUGCUAGGGGUAGAUAAUUAGUGAUAUAUUUUUAAUAUCUUGUUCAUUUAAAUUUUUCAGUGUAAUUUUGAUUUUUUUUUUCCAACUGUACGAUAGAUGGCAUACAGAUGGUUUGAGAAGCUGGCUUCCGAUAUUAUGAACUAUCAGGAUAGGAUGCCAAACACAUUUGAGGUCAGGUAAUAAAACUGUAUAUUAUCUUACUAUCCAGAUCUCUGAGGAAUAAUAUGUUUUAUCUGUUAGAACAUUGCAGUACCAGUUCACAGGCUUUGCUGCAUGGCAUUGUUUUCAUCUCUGUUCCGGAAGUUAGUUGCUUCCCGUGAUUGAUAUUUAUAUAAGCUGUAGUUGGUGAAAGGUACUAUAAAGAAAUAUUUGAACAACAAUUUUUUUAUGAAUCAAAGUAUGUACAAAAAGUCUUGUUUCUGGUGCUUUCUUGCCCAUCCUUACGAAAGCAUAUUAUUUCGAAGACGGUAAGACUUUAUGUGUUGUAUCUUUAAUUUCCUUGCUGCUUAACUACUCUAAUUGGUGUUGUUACUGAUUUUCUAUUUUCUCCGCACAAACUGAAUAGCCCUUUUUCUAGCCUAAACUGACAGUAAAUUAGUGUUCAUAUUCCACCAAAAAGAAAAAGUUAGUGUUGUUACAUUUUAAAUGAGCUAAAAACUUUCUGUACUGCUUAAUAUUGGUAGAUGGAUAUGUCGAUUUUGUCUCAUGUUUUAAAUGAAGUUCAUUUCCUUCAUGAGUACACUUAUUCCUUCUAUAGAAUGUCUCAUAAAUUUUUCUUCUUCAGGAUUUCCCUUGCAUCUAUUACUUUUGGGAAGUAACAUCUAGUGGAUGAUGUCUUUUUGGUAACCACACAUAUGGUGUAAAACUUUUAAUUCUUUCAGUUGGGUUUGCAUUAAUUCACUUUGAAAUGAGGUGUCUGAAAGGUAAUUUUGUCAACUUCUUUGACGAAUGACUAUUGAAUACCUUUAUGUGUAUGAAUUUACAUAAAUAUUAAACGAGGCUUUAUGUGAUUGAUAAGGCACUGGAUUUUUCUGUACUGAAAGGUGGUUGUGAUUGCAGAGGCAUAAAAUUUUCCCUUCCUAACGUAAGCACAUUGUCCCACACCUUCAUACUUUUAAGUUUUGACCAUAUAAGUUAUUAGCAUGGUUGUGAACCCAUUCUUGUCUUUGUCGAGACAAAAAUACUUGUUGAUAUUAAACUACCACUUACCUAGCAGGACAACAUCCAGAUAUUUAAGUAUAAUUCAGCCUUCUCUUGUUAAUUUGCUUUGGUUUUACUUUUUUCCUUCCAGCUUCAUCUCAUAAUAGUUCUAUGUUGUUGUGGUACAACUUUAGAAAACUCCUUGGUCCUCGAGGGACAAUGUUGAGUGAGUAGAAGUAAUUACAGAGACAACAGAGUAGCCUAUUCUGGGAAAAUAACAUGGGAAUAUUAUGGAUACAACGAGCAUUAGUGCCUUCUUUUGGUAGAACAUCUACCCAAUUCAUCUUGCUUUUUACUUGGGAUGAAUAUCUGAGCUUUUGGAGCCUGCUUGUUUGUAUCCCCUCGGCAAAAUACCAGUUUCCCUGCCUGCAACGGCCAUCCAUUGGAGCACCAGAUGUUGUGUAGGCUGUGUUUAGAGCUCGCAGCAUUAAUCUUUGGCCAAUUUCAGUCGAUGGUGAUUAUUGGAGCUACGGUAUUAUUUGGAAAAGUUCAUAUGACAGGAUUUUGAUUUGCAAAUUUAAUCUCAUGAUAGUGAUGAGUCGCAUACAUAUAAGGUUGUGCUAUGUUUGUUGAUAAAUUAAUCAUGUAACAUAAAUGAGAUGUCAGAUAUACAUAUCAUUUAUGGGUGUGAAGUGAAGGAUAACAUUGCCAUUUCAUAUUUAAAUAUUAAGAUGAAAGUAGAGUUAGACUUGAA